GGUUGCUGAUUUACUGACGAGGAUAGAAGACUGAAUAUCAAAGAUUCUCUUUCAUUUUCAAUAUCUUUCCGUCCGCACAACUGCGAAACUACCCGUUAGCGAUGGAGAGGGAGUCGAACCAGAUGCAGACGCAGUGUAGAUCUGGGUGUGGAUUCUACGGGUCUCCAGCCACAGACGGGCUCUGCUCGCUCUGUUAUAAGGAAGCAUUAAAAAAGAAACAACAACCUCCAGUCUCAUCACCAGCUGCUUCAACAGCAUCAAGCAGCAAUAAUGGACCUUUUGUAUCUGCAUCAACAGUAGCCUCAGCUGUUGAUACAGCUUUACCUACCAUCCCUGUAAUUUCAGACCUUUGCAGUAAAGAGACAAGCUCUGAAAAUGGUGAGGGUGCAGGUAGCAAUGCAGACUGUGCCUCAAAUGCAGAGGGUGAUGACAGCAGCUUUGAUGGCAAAGAUUCACAAGACAAGGAUGGAAAAAGGAAGAAGAACCGCUGUGCAACAUGCCGCAAGAAGGUCGGACUUACAGGGUUCGAAUGUCGAUGUGGGGGUCUCUUUUGUGCGAUGCAUCGAUACAGUGACAAGCACGAAUGUACCUUUGACUACCGGGAGCUCGGGGCACAGGAAAUUCGCCGCAACAACCCUGUUGUUGUGGGCGAAAAAAUUAAGAAGAUAUAAGAUAAUGUUAUGGCAUCCUGAGACAUUAAAUUUCGGGCAGCUUGAGACUACAGCGAUGUCAUGGCAUGACACACACCACCCUGCACAGCUGCACCUCUCUCCACUAUGCACAUGCUGACCUCAAAUUAGUGCCAUGGUGAUAACUCAUCUUUAGUACAUGAUCAGGAAGCAAAUUGGUUUUCUACCUCUCCAUGCAGCAAUGCCCUACCUUAACCCCACCCCCUCAAACCGACUCCCUGGACCAAAACCCCAUGAACUAAUGUCCAGGCUCGGCCUUGAACAGGUGUUUGUGAUAAAAAUCAUUGUUUGAAUAAAAAUGGUAAAAAUUAUGAAUGGUGUUUUUUGAUACAGUGAAAUUAAAGUUGUGUGUUGCUUUUAUAGAAAAAGAGAAGAAAACUUGUUUUGAAUAGCAUAGGUGCUUGAACUUGGGAUAUACAGGUGUACAUAAUCAGUAGCUUGGUCAGUCUGCCAGGUGUGUUAUUUCAUGUACCAUACGUGCUCGUGCUCCAUGUGAGGAAAGGUGACUAACUUGAGUCUAUUGUACUUCAGUGCUUAAACUGUUGUGACCACUCCUUACUCAUUUGAUGCUUGUUUUGGUUUUGUGUAUAAUUUCAUCCACUCUUAUGUAUUCCAACUAAGGUAUCAAUUAAAAUACUUCAGUUGUAAGAGUUUGUAGGGAUUGAAGUUUUCAAAAGCAUGUUUUAACCGGAGGAAGUGCAAAGAAUGGUUCACCUGAGUGGAUGGGGUUUAAUACACACUUAACUAUCAACCUUAUUCAAGCUUAGACCAGAUAAUGACAAACAAGGAUUGAUAGUUUGAAAAUAUUUUAAAAAGGUGUAUUAAUUUUACUUUUGUCUAUUAGUUUUUAUUUACCUUUGCCUCAUGUUUGGAUGGGAAAUGCUUCAUUAAGAGAAAGUAUAUAUUAAAAAAAGUAUAUUGUAAAUUUUGUCCAAUAUGUGUGCCUAUGUGAGAGCACAUGUCGUCUUGUGUACAUGUAAAUGUUCCGAGAGCUGUGUGUUACUUCUGUACCAUGUGUGAAUGAAAGCAUGUUUGAGCGAGUGCCUGUGAGUGAGAGUGAAAAACUUAUUUUAAUGGAUGUGAGACUGCACUGCUGCAACCAGUGGAUAGUGUGGUAUGUGCACAACAGCAUGGUUAAUUGUUGCAUCAUGCAUGUGCUCCUGUCAAGUGUUUCUUGGAAUUAGUUUUGCCUGAGACUUUUAAAGCUCAAGACUUUUGUUCUUUCUUUUUUUUUGUUUCCAAAGGAUUUAAGUUUUGGCUUAUUGUAUGUUAUGUACCAUUGCAAACGAGAGAGUGUUACUGUAGAAGACUACCUUUCCCACAGCAGUGAGUGGACUAGACAAUUGGAUUCUUUCACGCUAGAAAUCAAGAUACAAGCACUUAUGGUAACAGAACAUAUACCUUCAUUCAAGAGAUUUAAAAGAUUUUGUAUUCUUAAACACUGUGUCCUCUAAAAAUAAUUUGAUGUGAAUAUUGGUAAAUUAGAAAAGAAACACUAGCUGUUACUCAUUAUAAAUGUCAUCUUGUGAAUUAUUGAAUUGCUUGUGUACAGUAACAGUUGUUGGCCAUGAAUGUGCAGAAACCCUGUGCUGUCAAGUAGUCAACUAGGAUCUCUAUUGAACAUUAAACACAACUGAACUUGAUGUAUGUAAGCCUAUUCGUAGGAUGAUAUUUAUGUUUUGGCUGAGAACCGAAUGUCUGUCAAAAAGAGAAGUGAGCCCUUUGAAAGCAUUCCUUCGGACAAAAUAUUAAUGGACAGUCAUUACCAGAUUUAAGUGCAUCACCAAAGCUUAGUAAAUGGCCCGAAUAUCAUCCUAUGAAUGGAAUGAGCAGUUUUGUGAAAGUAAGUCAUUUAGUACAGCUAGAUGUUCUGAUAAGUGCUUGUGUUGGUUUUCAACCAACUAGCAACCAGUCUAACUGAAAGCAUAGUCUAGCCAUUAGCCUGUUUGGUUUGGUUUCUGCCUGCCCCGCUCCUCUUCUAGGUGUGUGAUGUGAUAUGUGCAGCCGAGUCACCUGAGAAUGGCCGCCAAGUCUGUUAUGUUUACUCAGUCACUUGCCAAAGUAAUGGGUUGUCACUAUGCAGUUAAGUGGAGCAGUGAAUUAGGUUAGAGAGAAGUCGCUGCUAAUUUUGCUCAAUUCUGUUUAAAUGUAUAAUCUUUGUACUACUCGUUCCUGUUCUGAAUGCUGAAGUGCAACUCUGUGUACAGAAACGAGUUAGGUUCUUCAUCUCACCAUUUUCCUGCGUCCAAUCCAUAACUUUGGGAGGUUAAACAAGAACUGAGAGCUUCAGGUGUAGCUCGGCCGUCCAUGAAGUAAGUGACUGUGGUUCAAAUAUUGUGAUUCAUUAAUAUAUAGAUUUUUUUCUUUAGUGGGUAAGCAUCAUCAGAGAACCAGCGUCACUGCAAAGUCAUAGUGUUUCCUUGCUGACAUAAUUCUGACAAUAAAUCAUAUCCUAUGUUACUGGAAAUUUAAUGGUCUCAAUUAUUUUGACCUGUCUGACGGUCUCUCAAAAUACACUCCCGGAGAUAAGCCAAUUGAUAAUUCUGUUUUUGUUCAAUAUUUGGUUUCGUUUUAUGUAUCCUACCUUUUUUUUUUUUUUUUGUCUUGACAUUGCCAAUGCCUUGGUUCUCUGGCUUUCUCACUGUGCCAGAAUAGCAGUGGUCCAUCUGCCUAUCUUUGUUGGUGUUUUAGUCUGUGUACCAUUCGUGAUAGUCAUUUUACAAAGGAACUCAAAUGUAUAUAAUGUUUGAAAAAUCCAUCAGUUCUGCUUACAUUAUUGUUUCUACACUUGAGACUUACCGGUACAUUAAUACUUGAUAUGUGGUUGCAACUUGAACUUGUAUGUGUGGUGCAAACCCAACUAUGUUUGAGACGACUGAGGUAUUUGCUAGAAAAUGUAAGAAGCCAGCGCCAUUCAGAUAUAAUUUUAAGUUGAAUACUAUUCCGUUUAAGCAACCUUCAAUGAAGCUACUCACUGUAUGUGGUGUUUGCUCUUGCAUGGUUGCGUUUUAAUUGCAGAGAAACGAUAAUUGUCAAUUUGUAUGAGGAUAUCUGAAGUGGAGCGUGAGUAAUCUGACUGAACAAACCUGUAGAAAUUAAGGAAGAACCACUGCCGAUUAUUUUUUGUUGUUUUCCGGUUUUGCAAAAUGACACCAUUUUUCCAUAUUUUAUGUGGCCUCAUGAGAUACUGUACCAGAGGACCCACCACAAGGAUGGCAGGAAUUCAAUGUGAGGCUUUGUUUUAAUUGUAUAAUUUUCCAGAUUGAAUUGCUUACUAUAUGUAAAGUACUGCUGGUUUUGUUAAAUCCAUAGCCAGGAGUAGAAUUUUGUCUUGCUGAGUUUGGUAAAGUCAUCUAUCUACGGAUCUGUUGUUUCUCUUUCCUUUUUUUCUCUUUUUGUUAAGUUUGUAGCAAGACAAAAGUUCUUGCUCCUGGUCAAGUUUCUUUUGUAAAUUUUGUGAAAAAAGAAGCUAGUUGUGUAGAGUUGAUCAUCAUCAUUUAUUAAUUCAUUUAUAUUUUACUCAUUCACAUUUCAUGUAUUUCUCUUCUCACAACAGUAGUCCUUGAUUUUAAACGUCUAUGAUUAUUGCUCUAAAACAUUGUAUGUAAGGUAACUAAUAAAAAUAUCCUUAUGAAUCAA